AUGGCCCUCACCGGCAACAGAGUGGAGGAGUUUUGUGCCGCGAAACUCGACGGGAACGAGACCUGUUUCCAGUCCCAGUCUCCAGCCCCAGUUUCCAGUCCCAGUCUCCAGCCCCAGUCUCAGCCCCAGUCUCCAGCCCCAGUCCCCAGCCCCAGUCUCCAGCCCCAGUCUCCAGCCGCUGUCUCCAGCCGCUGUCUCCAGCUCUAA